ACCAGACGGUUCAGGCUUCCGGUAAUUUGUGUUGACUCGUUAUCGGGCAUUAUUCCCUUUGUACGCUGUUGAAAAAAAACUCUCUUCUUUAUUUCGAAGUCAAAUUGGUGCCGCUAAACGCCUCGUGACGUUUGUUUGGAGGCGGUUUCCAAACAAGCCGUUAGGUUUCGUUUCUCCCUCCCUCCCUUGAAAGUGCGUCAUCGUCUCUCCGAACAGCAGCAGCAGUUUUCAUGAUGGCGGAGGAGGCCGACUUUUCCCUGUGCGCUCUGGAGGAGGAGCUGACCUGCUGCAUCUGCCUGAGCCCCUUCGACUGUCCGGUCACCAUCCCCUGCGGACACAACUUCUGCCAGGACUGCCUGCUCGCCACCUGGGAGGACGCCAACUUCAGCUGCCCUCAGUGUCGGACCAGCUUCCCGUCCAGGCCAGAGCUGCAGAAGAACACGGUCCUCAGCUCCGUGGUGGAGGCCUUCAAGCUGAAGUCCUCCAAGAACAGCUCAGCCAUCCCGACCGAGCAGGAGAGCAAAGCUGAGGAGCAGAGCAAAGCUGAGGAGAAGCAUGUGGUCCUCUGCGACACAUGUAUGGAGGCAGAGGCCUCCAGGACCUGCCUCACCUGCAUGGCCUCCUACUGCGAGGAGCACCUGCGGCCUCACCGGGAGAACCCCACCUUCCGCGUCCACCAGCUGAUCGAUCCUGUGGGGGAUCUGUCGGAGCACAUCUGCUCCGAACACCACAAGCUGAUGGAGCAUUUCUGCACGGAGCACGGACGUCUGAUCUGCAGCUCCUGCCUCCAGCAGGUCCACAAAUCCUGCUCCUUCUCCUCUCCUGAGGAGCAGAGGGGCCUGAAGGAGAACGACUUCAGAGCAAAGUUGAGUUUGCUGAACGAGAAGAUCGAGAGGACGGAUUCGGUUGUUCUCCAGAUAACUGACAUGCAGAACAAGCUUAAGGGGGCUGCCAACAGCAGAAAGACGGCGCUGUCGGCUGCGUACCAACAACUGAGGGACGUGCUGGCUCAAGAUGAGCGCGCUGCUCUGCACGAGGUGGACUGCGAGCUGGAGAAGGGUCAGAUGAAGCUUCAGCACUUCGCCAAGAGGUUCUCCGAGAACAACGAGAAGAUGAGGACCGCCAGGGAGGACAUCAACGAACUGCUGCGUCGGUCCCAGACCACAGCCUUUCUGCAGGCCUCCUUUGAACUUCCAAAGGUCAUAAAGUUUGACCCUUAUGCGCCUCGGAUCAACCUGGAUUCUGAAAGAGUGACAGCAGCACAGAGCUUUGCUGCUGACCUGAAGGGGAGUCUGAUGGAGAUUCUGUCUCAGCCCUUUGAGGCCAGACCACCUCUUCUUGGAUCAGGCGAUGCUGAAACAUCUGGGUCAGAAUCGGAACCUGAAAGUACCGGGGAUGAGCCAUCGACCUUUUCAGCACCAGAGCGACCUCAACAGGAAGGAGGUCAUCCCGGCCUCAACCAUCCCGCCCCUCCGGCCGUCCACACCAUUUACCAGCAGGUUCCAUUCCCCAUUUACAUGCAGCCGCGGCCGUCAUGGAAUAAUGCGCAACACAAUCGGUUUGGUCCCUCUAGCUUUUCAACAGGCCGUCAAAACCCUCAUGGAGAAAAGUUUAAGAAACCUUCAUCAGGAAGGAAGAAUAAGACCACCAGCAAUCCAGCUCCAAAGGCUCAUCAAAACAGGGGAGGAGACAGGAGCCAGCCUCCGAAAAAUAAAGGAGAGGACAGAAAAGCCCCCAGUGCUUCAGGAGGUCAGAAACCAGCCGCUGCAGGACCGAAAUCCACCAAAGACGGAAAACCCGGCAGCCGUCCUCAUUCAGCCAAACCGCCGGGACAACAGCAGCACCAUAAGAAGAACAAGUAGAAGCUGUGGAACCGUCAACGUCACACUUUCCACUUAAAAUGUUUAAGGCUAUCUGCACAAAUGGGAUCUUAAAAUAUACUGUUGAACUUGUAAAAUGUAAUUCACUUUCCUUGUAUUAAAUAAAAUGUUCUUUUGGCCACUUUA